CCCCCGCCGUGACAAGCGCUGCAGAGUUCGUCCCCAAGACAGAAUCGCUGCUACUGGUCGUCGUCUCUAAGCUCGGGAAUCCCACUGCCACCACCAUGCCCCGGGGAAGCCGCAGUGCGGCCGCCCGGCCAGUCAGUGGGGUAGCCGUGGGCUCGGCUGUGGGACACGUCGUGGGCAGCGCCCUGACCGGAGCCUUCAGCGGGGGAAGUUCGGAGCCGGCCCAGCCUGCGGCCCAGCAGGCACCAGCCCGCGCUGCCCCCCAGCCCCUGCAGCUGGGGCCCUGCGCCUACGAGAUCAGGCAGUUCCUGGACUGCUCGACCACUCAGAGCGACCUGUCACUGUGUGAGGGCUUCAGCGAGGCCCUGAAGCAGUGCAAGUAUAACCACGGUCUGACCUCCCUGCCCUGAAGAGACAGGUGUGAGCUCAUGAGUCCCCUCUGAGGCCACAGCCCCGUCCCCCCCUCACCGACAGCUGGACCACGAGCCAGAUUGUACCCGUGUAGCCGGGAUUAGGAGUAUGGAGGGGGUCUUCCACCCCACAGAUAACCCGAGAUACAAACGUGCAAUUAAAAAGAGUAUAUUUUAGACCAAA